GUUCCCCCGCCGGCCCACAGUGGGGCGCAGUGAAGGAGCAGCGAAUGGAAGGGAAGGCCCCGCCCUACGGGGAGGAGAGGGCGUGACCCGGAUGGCGCGCGGCCUGACGGCGGCCCAUGCCCGCGGCCAGCCCGGGACCUCCGAGACUGGCAGGCCAUGGCCCCCGGAGCGCCUGCUCGGGCGCCUGUGACUUUCGAGGAUGUGAUGGUGUAUUUCACGGAACCGGAGUGGAGGACCUUGGAGCAGUGGCAGAAGGAGCUCUAUAAGCAUGUGGUGAAGGCCAACUACGCGACCUUGGUCUCCCUGGGCUGUGCCAUUCCCAAACCAGAUUUGAUCACCUGGAUUGAACAGGGGGAAGAACCGUUCAUCAGAGGUCAGGGAAACUUUGGGACAAGAGACCUGGCAAUUGGCUCCGGAGUUGAUGAUUGUCUUGAGUUGAAGCACACCAAAAUGCAGCUGCUUUGUGGGGAUUCUGGAUCAACUUCAGGACGAGAGGAAAGUCCUCAAAACCAGAACUGGUCUGAGCCCUUACCAUUCCACUGCAGUGAGUGCAGCAAGGCCUUCCCUCACAAAGCUCAAUUAACCAAACACUUUAGGAUCCACAGACGAGAGAAACACUUCUGGUGCACCGAGUGUGAUAAGAAUUUUGCUGGAAAAUAUGAAUUACUGCGGCACCGGCUUCUGCAUACCGGGGAGAGGCCCUUCCAGUGCCCCAAGUGUGACAGGAGCUUUCGCCAGAAGGGCCAUCUGCUCAGGCAUCAGCGCCUGCACACUGGGGAGAGGCCCUUCCAGUGCCCCGAGUGUGACGAGUGCUUCCGGCUAAAAGCCGACAUGAAGGCCCACCAGCGCCGGCACAGGGGAGAGAAGCCAUUCUCCUGCAGUGAGUGCGGUAAGAGCUUCACCAAACAUUGUUAUCUCACCGAGCACAUCAGACUGCACACAGGGGAGAGGCCCUUCCAGUGCCCCGAGUGUGGCAAGAAAUUUCGCAUGAAAGCAGACAUGAGAGUCCACCAGCGCAGACACAGCAAGGCCAGGUCGUUCUGCUGCAGCGAGUGUGAUAAGGCCUUCCCCAAGCAGUCCAAGCUCACAGCCCAUGUUAAAGUGCACACCAAGAAACAGCACUACAGGGCCCUGCUAUUCGGAUUGAUGGACCUGGACUGGGGCCCCGGAGAGGAGCCCAGGUUUUCUCCCAGCCUCUCCCGGAAAGUCCGAAGGUAUCGUACGGCUGCAAAAGAGCGGGCCUCGAGGCCGGCGCAGCUCGGAGUCCCCAGCGGCAUUGGAAGACCAGACCUCCGGCUGCGCACGCAGCAGGGAGAGAGAGCGGAGCGGAAGGGGCGGGGUCGAGAGAGGCCCUGGAAGGAGGGGUGGUGCAGGGCCUGGAUGGGGGCGGGCCGAAAGAAGCUCGAUAGGAGGGACGCGGCCAGAGGGGGCGGGGCUUGGGAGAAGUGGCAGCUCCACCCUGCGGCCGGCGGGCGCGUCCCCCGAAGCUUCUCGUGGCCCCCCGCUCGGUACCCUGACACUAAGCUCGGUGCUCCCGGGCCGAGGGGAGGAGGGCUCGGUGCUCCCGGGCCGAGGGGAGGAGGCACGGCCCCAGAAGCUCCUGUUCCGAUGCAGAGAAAGCCCGCCCUGGGCGGGGGAGGCCGCACAAGCCCCGGGGGCCGUCGGGCAUCCAUCGGGAGCCCCCCCAGCAUGGAAGCAAAAGAAAGCCAGGCGGAAGCGUGGCGUGGGAUCCCGGGGGUCACGGAGUGCAGGGCAGCCCGAGGUGGGAUGCCAGAAUGCCCUUCAGACUGGCCUCUCUGGGGGUCUUGGGACCAGCCCCAGGCCUUGCUCCUACAGGAGGAGGAUGAGGUGGCUAUGACAUUUGAUGAUGUGACCAUGUAUUUCACAGAGCAGGAGUGGGGGACCUUGGAGGAGUGGCAAAAGGAGCUUUACAAGCAUGUCAUGAAGACCAACUAUGAGACGUUGGUCUCACUGGGUGUUGCCAAAACUUGUGCUGCUGGUGACCUAAAGAAAAACAAACUUAUUUGCCAUUUUGUGACCUAUUGUCCAGGCUAUGCCAUUUCCAAACCAGACUUGAUAACCCAGAUUGAACAAGGGGAAGAACCAUUCGUCAGAGAUCAGGGACACUUGAGUACAAGGGAACUGGCCAUUGCUUCCAGGGCUGAUGACCCUUGUGACUUGAAGAACACACAGAGGCAGCUGUUUUCUGGCUGUGCCAUCUCCAAGCCAGACUCAGUAACCCAGAUUGAACAAGGAGAAAAGCCAGUCAUCAGCCAUCAGGGGAACUCGGAAACAGGAGGUUAUGCAGUCUGCUUCAGUGAUAAUGAACAUUUUGAUGUGAAGAGCAUAGAGGUGCAGCCAUUUGGGGAGUUCACAGGCCCAAGAAACACUUCCAGUGCACUGAGUGUGAAAAGAAUUUUGCCCAAAAGUCCCAACUGCUCCAGCACCAGCGCCUGCACACAGGGGAGAGGCCCUUCCAGUGUCAUGUGUGUGACAAGAGCUUCCCAGCAAAGGGGACCUGAAGCAGCCAGAAAACCUAGAGAGAGGACUCAAGGAGAAGAGGAGGAUGGACAGUGUCAGAGCCACAGGGAGGUCACCAAAGAGCAGGAGUGGGGGACCUUGGAGGAGUGGCAAAAGGAGCUUUACAAGCAUGUCAUGAAGACCAACUAUGAGACGUUGGUCUCACUGGGCUAUGCCAUUUCCAAACCAGACUUGAUAACCCAGAUUGAACAAGGGGAAGAACCAUUCGUCAGAGAUCAGGGACACUUGAGUACAAGGGAACUGGCCAUUGCUUCCAGGGCUGAUGACCCUUGUGAUUUGAAGAACACACAGAGGCAGCUGUUUUCUGGUUGUGCCAUCUCCAAGCCAGACUCGAUAACCCAGAUUGAACAAGGAGAAAAGCCAGUCAUCAGCCAUCAGGGGAACUCGGAAACAGGAGGUUAUGCAGUCUGCUUCAAUGAUAAUGAGCAUCUUGAUGUGAAGAGCAUAGAGGUGCAGCCAUUUGGGGGGGAUUCUGGAUCUACAAGAUCCAGACAAGAGGAAAGCCACAGACAUGAUCUUCAAAACCAGAACUGGCCUGGGCCCUUGCCAUUCCACUGCAGUGUGUGCAGCAAGGGCUUCACCCACAAGUCUCAACUAGCCAAUCACAUUAGAGUUCACAGGCCAAAAAAACACUUCCAGUGCACUGAGUGCGAAAAGAACUUUGCCCAAAAGUCCCGACUGCUCCGGCACCAGCGCCUGCACACAGGGGAGAGGCCCUUCCAGUGCCCUGAGUGUGACAAGAGCUUCCACCAGAAGGGCCAUCUGCUCAAGCACCUGCCCCUACACACGGGGGAGAGGCCCUUCCAGUGCCCCGAGUGUGACAAGAGCUUCCGAGCAAAGGGGGACCUGAAGGCCCAUCAGCGGCGGCACCGGGAGGAGAAGCCAUUCUCCUGCAGUGAGUGUGGGAAGGGCUUCACCAUGCAUCAUUACCUCACCGAUCACAUCAGAAUACACACCGGGGAGAAGCCCUUCCAGUGCCCCGAGUGUGGCAAGAGCUUCCGCAUGAAAGCGGACAUGAGAGUCCACCAGCGCAGACACAGCAAGGCCAGGUCGUUCUGCUGCAGCGAGUGCAAUAAGGCCUUCCCCAAGCAGUCUGAACUCACAGACCACAGCAAGGUGCACACCAAGAAGCAGCACUACAAGGGCCUGCUCUAUGGACUAAUGGACCUGGACUGGGGCUGAGGCAGGACCCAUGGUGUGCAGAGUGGGGCUGUGAAAGUUAAGGAACAUUAUCUAGUCCCGGAUCUACUACAUCACUGGUCAUUCAGCUUGUGCUGGAAUAUCCCUAGUAUCAGGGACUUCACUACCUCCUGAGACAGGCCAUUCCAAACUGGCAGAGCUCUCCUUGUUGGGGAGCAUCAGAAUCAGGCACCCUAUAAUCUUGGUCAUGGAUCUCCUCUUUGACCCAGCAGAAGGUUAGUACCCCAUUCACAUUACAAUUCUGAAAUAUAAUCUGGCCAAUAAAGUGAGUGAUGAAAUUGGCUAAUGCUAGGUUUUUCGUUUGCUUUUUUCCCAUAAACAAAGUAAUGAUGUUUGUCUUAUAUAGCUCAUAAGCUAGCUCUAAAGAGGAUACCAAGAUGUCACAGAUAUUUAUGUAUCCAUUGCUGAAAUACCUUAUCAUACUUUCAUUACUUUCCAGAAGCCAAAGAAUUUCUUUUUGAAAGCCUGAGGCUCAUCUCUUAAUAAAUUUAAAUAUGAAAUUGUCAAGUUAACAGAAAUGGGAAUUUUUCUCCUACUAGUCCAAAGCCUGAACAGGUGGUGCUGGUGAUCAUCUGGAGAAUCUGAAAGCCCUGUACAACGUGGUCCUGAAAAAAUCCAAGGCUCUGUGCAGUGGGAUGGCUUUUCUGUAGUGGUUUAUUACUGACAACAAAAAGAGAAUAUAGGAAGAUGGUUCAAAAUGAAGAUUCAGCUGCCAUGUAUAAUAUCUCCCCCAAUUUGAGGCAGUGUCUGUAUAAAACAGACAAUGAGGGAAAAUGUGAUUGAAAUAUAAAAAGUGUUGUUACUCAUUCUGAGAAAGAUUCUCCAUGUAUGAUAUGCAAACAUAUGCAUAUCACAGGGGAAGCUUGGCAAUUACUGUUUUCCUAAAAGCUUUGACAACACCCUGUAAAACAGUAGCCCCUUGUUGAAAUAUACCUGGAAAGGCUUCAUGAAGCAUUUUGAGCUGAGCUUGAAAUUAGGAAAUAUUUCUAGCAGGAAAGUGUCCAGGAAUCUAGUGGAACCAAAUUUGUUUGUCUGGAGAAAAAGUAAUUGUUGGAUGUUAUUGAGAAGUGAGAUUGUUGCGGUGGCAAGAAGACACAGAAACUCAAGUUUAGGGGCUUAGAUUUGAGAGAGACAUUGGGAUGUGAUGGGGAGAAAACAACCAGGAUUUUAAAUAGAAAAGACAUAAAGCUGGAUUACUCCCCUGAAAUCUAUCAGCUUUCUGUCCUCCAGCAUGCCAUUUACUCACUCUUAACUUAUACUUCCUCAAUUUAACUCUGGAGAUAAUAAUACCUACGGACCUACUUUCCUGAAUUAUUGUUGAAUAAUACCUAUGGACCUACUUUCCUGAAUUAUUGUUGGGCUUCUAACUAGAUAAUGCCACCUUCAAAGCUAUUGUAAUUCAUUGAGAAAAUGUUUACUAAGCAUCCUUUGUGUAUUAGGAACCACAGUGUAGUCAGUGCACUUCUCACAUUAACAGUAAUGGACAAGACUUUCUCCACCAGUCAAGAUCUCUAAGACUAUCUCUGCCCUACAUCUUUCCAUGCUUCAGCCCUCUUAAAAUUCACCUGCAAGAUUACAGUUUCUUAAGCACUAUCUUAUUGCCUUAUUCCCUUAGCUGGAAAUUUCAGAUCCAUUUCCCUUCUCAUAAAAUAUGGGCUCAGCCUGAUGAGAUUAGAUUCAGGCAGCCGAAAAAUGAGAUUAGGGUUCCUGCUAGUCAGGGAGUUAAAUGAUGAGGUUAAUGGAAGGUUUGGGGUUCAGGGAAUAAAAAGGUUUGGCUUCCCUAAAACCCCUUUAGGAUCAGCACAAGAUAGGGAGUUGUGGGAACCCCCUUCUGGCAGCACAGAGGUCCUUCAUAAAGGAAUUUACGAACCCGAAAAACUAGAC